AGAGCAAUUUGAUCAUUAUUAUCACGCCCAUCAACCUGAGCCAUACAUCACUCCUUCCCCAACAGUCCCUCCAACCAAGGCUGCUUCCUUUCUCACAGUCCUUGAUCACCUCAUCUGACUUUACUACUUCAACUCAACCACACUUCUCGAACUUAACUGACCAUGCCUGAGACAAGAUCCCAGGCUAAGGAGCGCACCAAGAUCCGCAACAAAGUCAUCGACAACAUCAAAAGCAAGACUACCUCAGCUACCGCAACAAUGGCCAGCACCAGCUCAUCUACCGAAUUCGUCCCCACUGGCAUCUUUCCCCUUCUCCGCCUACCCAUCGAGCUUCAGAACAUCGUCUACAAAUACGCUGUUGCUGAGCCCGAUGAGGUUAUCAUGCUCGACAACGCCGGAACCCCUGCUCUCGCUCGCGUCAACAGAUACCUCCGCAGAAACGUUGUCCCCAUCUUCCUUGAGGUCAACACCUUCCGCGUCUUCACCGAAGACGCCCCUGUCACCGAAGACAACCAGCCCAGAGACGCCAAAUUCAAGAUCCAAGCCACGGUUUGGGAGUGGCUGGAGCUUGUCGGCCUUGAGACCCCUCUGUUCAAGAGCGUGAUCAUUCACUUCGGUGCUGAGAACGAGACCGAGCUGGUUAUGCAGUACUCACGCGAGGCCAAGGGUUUCACUCUCGCCCAUGAUGUCGACUGCGGCUACUGCAACGACAAGAGCGCCGUCACUCCCAUCCUUCCUCGUGCUAUUCUCGAUGGUCUGGGUGAUGACAAAGGUCUGCGCGGACUCAUUGACGAGGCCCAGAAGCGUGACAACGCUGUCAAGAUCGAGCAUGACAUCACCAUUGCUGAUCUAGCAACUGACAUUUUCGGCGAUGAUAGCGGUUUCAAGCAGGAGUCGCUUGCUCUGAGCAUGGCCAACAUCAUGGGUCUUGAGCGCAUUAUCAACCAGGGCAAGACCACAUUCGCUGUCGCCGUCCACACCAUCAACCAGAAGCGUAUGAUCGACACCCCUCUUGUUGUCACGCACGAGUCAAAGCCCUACGUCUUGCUCAGAGACACUACCGCUUGAACACUUUCGAAGGAUUGGAGGAAACAGGAGAUAAUUGGGUCCUCAGUGGAAGGGAAGGGCUGAGGUUGUUCUUCUUGCAUUGCGGCAGAUACUUUCACCUCGAUACUU